GAUGAGCGUCUCACGGCGGAUGAGAUGGACGAGCAGCGGCAGCAGAAUAUCGCUUAUCAGUACCUGUGUCACCUGGAGGAGGCGAAGCGCUGGAUGGAGUCCUGUCUCAAUGAGGAGCUGCCGCCCCCUACAGAGCUGGAGGAGAGUCUGCGCAACGGCGUCAUCCUCGCCAAGCUGGGGCACUUCUUUGCGCCGGAGAUCGUGCCGGUGAAAAAAAUCUAUGAUGCCGAUCAGCUGCGUUAUAAGGCAGCGGGUCUUCAUUUUCGGCACACGGAUAACAUCAACCACUGGCGUCGCGCCAUGAGUCACAUUGGUCUGCCGACGCUUUUCCAGCCAGAGACGACGGACAUCUAUGACAAGAAGAACAUGCCCCGCGUGGUGUAUUGUAUUCACGCCCUCAGUUUAUAUCUCUUUAAGCUGGGGCUGGCUCCACAGAUUCAAGAUUUAUAUGGAAAAGUGAAUUUUACAGAGGAAGAGAUCAACCACAUGAAAUGUGAGCUGGACAAGUACGGGCUCCAGAUGCCGGCGUUCAGUAAAAUCGGGGGCAUCCUGGCCAAUGAGCUGUCAGUAGACGAAGCUGCAGUACAUGCUUCCGUCAUUGCCAUCAAUGAAGCUGUGGAGAGAGGAGUGGUGCCGGACACCAUGCUCGCCCUACGUAACCCCAACGCCAUGGUGGUGAACCUCCAGGAGAAGCUGGCAGCGGUGUACCAAGAGAUCCUGCACCAGGCCAAGGCAACCAAGAUGGCAAACGCCCGCAAUAAGGUUCUGCAGAAUCCCUCGGACAGUCAGGAUAUUUACGAUCAUUGUUUGACUCAGGCGGAAAUACAAGGGAACAUCAAUAAAGUGAAUGUCCACGCAGCGUUGGAGUACGUGGAUGAGGCCCUGGAGAGGAAAGAUGUGAACGCUCUCUACACCGUACUACAAGACCCAGCUCUCCUGCUGCGCAGACUGCAAAGGGAGAACGCCGACUGGUACCUGGAGCAGCUGACCAACGACCGGGAGCAGAAAGCCAUUGAGCUGGGAUAUGUGGAUUUGCUGGAGAAAGAGGAAGUUCAAGCUGGAGUGGACGCAGCCAAUCAGAACGCAGUCAGAGAGCAUGCCAUGGAGCAGUCAGUCUACCGUAUUAAUACCGCCAUCCGUAAUGGAAACUCCGCGCUGACCGUCAAAGAGCUGGCCAACCCGGAGGCGCAGCUGCCAGACGUCUAUCCCUCCGCAGCAGACCUGUACCAGCGGGAGCUGUCCGUCCUCCAGGCACAGAGUCCUCGGGGCUCCCUGGUGCAGGAGGAGUUGUUUGUGGCCGUGGAGAUGUUGUCCGCCGUUGCGGUAGUUAACCGCGCUGUAGAGGCCGGGGAUCUGAACGCCUUCUGGGCCACCAUGGUGAGCGCCGCUCUGGGCCUGUCUGAUGUGGAUGAGGAGAACAUUCAGAGGUACUUCAACAAAUUGUGUAAGCGGAAGCGGCGCUCUCAGGGUGGGUGUGGCUUUCUCAGCUGGAACGAUCUGCAGUCAUGCGUCAAUAACGUCAACAACUCCACACAAGAGGAACAAGACAAAAUCCUGGCGGUCGGUCUCAUCAAUGAAGCCCUGGAACAGAAAGAUCCCCAGAAGACAUUCACCGCUCUGCUGCUGCCAGCGGCCGCCCUCACCGAUCUCGCCCUCCCGGUUGCCAACCUUUACCACCAGAUCCUCACCAGUGACCUGCAGCACAAAAAGAAGGUGACCCGGGAUGACUCUGCCGUGCUGUGGUUGGAGGAGAUACAGCAAGGGGUGUCUCAGGCAAACCAGGAAAACACGAGAGCCCGAAAAAUGGCGCUGGGCACGGCGGCCAUAAACCAGGCCAUAAAGGAAGGGAAGGCAUCGCAGACCCUGCGGGUACUACGUAACCCAGAUGCCCUGCUCUGCGGGGUGGUGUCGGGCUGCGCGGAAGGUUAUCAGUCUGAACUGGGGGCGAUCAUGAACGCAAAACGAAAGCGGGGCGAUGCCAACAAUUACUGGGUAAGGCACAAGAUAAAGGAGAGGGGAGACUAUUUCUUCCACCUGCGCUCGUUCGAUGGGACGUGGGAACAACCGCCGGGGUUCAGUCCCAGCACCACACACCUUUCCCGGGAGGAAAUGCAGGCCGUCAUUAACAAAGUGACAGGCGGUUUCAAGCGCGAGAAGCAAUGGGAGGCCAGCGCCGACAUGUUGGUGAGACUGCAAGCCCGUAUGAGAGGCUACCUGAUCCGCAAGAACUUCUCCCAGCGGAGGCAUCUCCUGCAUGUGCAAGUGCCCGCCGCCACCUUAAUCCAGGCACAUUGGCGCGGUUACAGGCAGCGGCAGGCUUACCUACAGAGGCUCCGAUACUUACAUUGGAACGUGGAUGCGGCUGUUAAGAUCCAGUCCUUAGCUCGCAUGUGGUUUGCACGUAAGGAAUAUCGGGAGAGGCUUAGAUAUUUCCGAAGGAAUAUCGCCAGCGUUGUGAAGAUCCAGGCUUUCUUCCGAGCCAGCAAGGCCAGAGGGGACUACAGGAUGCUGGUUCACGCCAAAAACCCCCCGCUCAGCACCCUGCGGAAGUUUGCCCACUUACUGGAGCAGAGCGAGCGGGAUUUUUGGGAGGAGCGGGAGGUGAUGAAGCUGCGGGAGGAGGUGGUAAAGAAAAUCCGAUCAAAUCAACAGCUGGAAAACGACCUCAACACCAUGGAUAUAAAGAUCGGCCUGUUGGUGAAGAACAGGAUCACCCUGCAGGAAGUCGUAUCUCAUAGUAAAAAACUCACCAAGAAAAACAAGGAGCAGCUGUCGGACCUGAUGGCCAUCGAUAGGCAGAAAGGGUUAAAGUCUCUGAGCAAAGAGAAGCGCCUAAAGCUGGAGGCAUACCAGCACCUCUUCUACCUAUUACAGACGAACCCCGAGUACAUGGCCAGGCUGAUCUUCCAGAUGCCUCUGAACAAAUCCACCAAAUUCAUGGAGUCGGUGACCUUCACCCUCUACAACUACGCCUCCAACCGGCGGGAGGCCUACCUGCUCCUCAGGCUCUUCCGCACGGCUCUGCAGGAGGAGAUCACCUCCAAAGUGGACCGGAUCCAGGACAUCAUAACUGGAAACCCUACGGUCAUCCGCCUGCUGGUCAGCUUUUACCGCAGCGCCCGGGGCCAAAACGCCUUGCGCCAGAUCCUGGGGAACGUGGUGAAGGAGGUUUUGCAGGACAAAACCAUCAAUAUUCGCAUCAACCCCGUAGAGAUUUAUAAGAGCUGGGUGAACCAAGUGGAGUCUCAGACUGGAAAGAAAAGUACACUCCCGUACGAUGUCACUCCGGAGCAGGCGCUCACCCACUCGGAGGUUCAGAGGCGGCUGGAUAUCUCUGUCCGGAACCUCACCGCUGUGACUGAAAGGUUCUUUUCCACCAUCUUUGCCAACGUUGACCAGAUACCCUAUGGCAUGCGUUAUGUUGGUAAAGUGCUGAAAAACUCCCUAAGUCAGAAAUUCCCCAAGGCCAGAGAAGAGGACAUCCAUAAGAUUGUGGGUAACUUACUGUACUACCGCUUCAUGAACCCGGCUGUGGUGGCUCCUGAUGCUUUCGACAUAGUGGACAUGCCAGCGGGCGGGACCAUUCAUCCAGAUCAGAGGCGAACGCUGGGCUCCAUCGCCAAGGUGCUCCAGCACGCGGCCGCCAACAAGAUGUUUGAGGAUUCCCACCUGGGACUCCUCAACCAAUAUCUAGCGGAGACGCACUGGAAGUUCAGGAAGUUUAUCCUGACCGCUUGUAAUGUCCCCGAACCAGAGGAGCGAUUCAAUGUGGACGAGUACUCAGAGAUGGUGAACACCAUCAAACCGGUCAUCUACAUAACGGUGGGGGAACUGAUAGACACACACAAGUUGUUGUUAGAGCACCAAGACGCCAUUGCUCCAGACCACAAAGAUCCAAUUCAUGAACUCCUCGAGGACCUGGGAGAACUUCCCACCGUGCAGUCAUUGAUCGGAGUAAGCACCUCCAACCUGCAGGACGUGGCUUCAGAACAAGCUCUGGCCCAGCUCCGGAAGCUGGAGAUGUCUCUUACUCUUACCAACAAGUUUGACCUGCUUGGGACAAACCCAGAAGAAAUGGACACACACAGCUUACUGCUCAGUACCAAGCACAUGUUGGUGGACAUCAUCCAGUCCCAGCCUGGAGAUUCUCUAGCAGACGUCCUGAACUCCUCCGCAUCGGCACAAGAAGAAGCUUCCCACUACCACCUAAUGCACCAACGAGCCCUCAGAGAUGCCAGGACCCCGGAAAAGAUGAAGCGCCACCGAUCACUGCUGGGCGACAGUAAACUCUCAAUAGAGGACAAGAAACGCAAGGUCAUCCGGAACCUACGCAAACUGGAGAGCCUGGGACUGGUCUCCUCUCAGAACAAUUACCAAGAAAUAAUCAACAUGAUUGCCAAGGAUAUCCGAAACCAGAGACGAUAUCGCCAGCACAGGAAGGCGGAACUGGUGAAGCUCCGUCAGACCAUGCAGAGGCUGCACUGCAAGACGUCCUUCCACGAGGAGCAGGUCGACUUCUACAACCAGUACAUCAAGACCUGCCUGGACAACCUCACGGCCAACCAGAAACCCAAAGGGAAAAAUAAGAAGCAAAACUCUCUACACUACACGGCGACCAGACUACACGAGAAGGGCGUCCUACUGGAGAUAGAAGACCUUCCCUUCAGCCAAUUUCGUAACGUCAUCUUUGACAUAACCCCCUGUGAGGAGCCCGGGAAGUUCCAAGUGAAGACCAAGUUCUUGGGUGUCGAUAUGGAGAAAUUCCAGCUAAAUUAUCAGGAUCUCCUCCAGCUGCAGUACGAGGGAGUGGCCGUCAUGAAGAUGUUCGAUAAAGCCAAGGUGAACGUGAACCUGCUCAUCUUCCUGCUUAACAAGAAGUUCUUCUGCAAGACAUGAGCGCCCCCCAAACUCUGCGCCCCCCACUGAGCACUACACCAUUGUAUCCUGCUUCCAGAACCUUAUGUGGCGACUCCGCAGCUCACGUAACCACAGUACCUCCUUAUUCGCUUCCUAAUUCGUAUCGAUGCUGCAGAUUAUUACUGAAACCUGAAUGCUGCUUUAUGUUUCCAUGGAAACGGACUGUAAUAGACCGAUAUCGGACUCCUCGCCCCUCCGAGGCCUAGAACGGAGAAUCUCGUCUCUGAUCCACCGCGCCAGGUAUUUCGCCGCUUUUUUGUGCAAUAUUGAGACGUUUCCUUCGCUGCCGCUCCGAACAACAGUCAUGGAGGCCGGAAUUGAUUAACCCUUCGAAGAACGCCGGUCCUCCAUGACUUAUAGAGUGACCUAGAAGCAUCUUCUGCACUCGCCGUAGGUUAUAGAAGGGUUUUCUGCACUUAUGGGACACACACAACUUUUUUUUGUCUUUUUAUCUGUUUUUAACCCCUAUGCUUGUCUAAGAAUGUGACGUGUUAUCCGGAGAACCAAUGGUUAAUUUUUGAGUAACCUAGAACACUAGACUAAGUCAAGGGGUUCUAUGGAACUACCAAUUUGAUGACCUAGCCUUAAAGGGGUUCUCCGCUUGAAAACUUUAUUUUAUUU